CCAUGGGUGUGAUUUUAAAUUUCCCUCCUUCACCUGAUUUUCUUUCUCUGAGGGCCACAGCAGCCCCCCCUGUCCUCCCCACCAUCAGUGGUGUGAUCUCUCUUCUCCCUGCCUGAGCACCACCUCUGUGCCAAAUAUCAUGAUCAGACUCGUCCUGUUAUUGGUGCUGGACCUGUCACCUUUCCCCCAGCAUGAAGCCACGCCCCUUUUAGAGGCUGUGUGGUGUGUGGGGAGAGAUGGAGGAGGGUUUUUUAUUGCCUGAACUCUGUGGACUCUGGUCUCCAGUUCUGAGAGGAAAGGGGGGGGAAAAGCUAUGGAUCUAGACUUGGUGCUCAUGGUGGUUCUGGCCGUGUUUGUGGUUGUGUUGACGGUCCUGUUCUCCAUCAUGGGAAAAGUUUCAGGAGAAAAGAAGAAGAAAGGGCCCGUAACGCUCCAGGAUCCCAUGACAAAAUAUCCACUGCCUCUUAUCAGCAAACAGGAAAUCAGUCACGACACAAAGAAAUUUCGCUUUGGCCUUCCGUCUCCGUCUCAUAUCCUUGGACUUCCAGUAGGUCAGCACGUUUACCUCACAGCCAAGGUGAACGGUGCUCUGGUGGUCCGACCCUACACUCCAGUCUCCAGUGAUGAAGACCAGGGAUUUGUUGACCUCGUGGUUAAGAUCUACUACAAAGGCAGUCACCCAUCGUAUCCAGAAGGAGGACAGAUGUCUCAGUACCUGGACAACAUGUCCAUUGGAGACACCAUGGACUUCAGAGGACCCAACGGACUCCUCAUCUAUGAGGGAAAUGGUGUGUUUUCUAUUCGAGCCAACAAGAAGACGGAGCCAAAGAUUCAGCAGUUUAAGCACGUUGGGAUGAUUGCUGGUGGAACAGGUAUCACCCCGAUGCUGCAGUUAAUCCACAGCAUCACCUCAGAUCCUGCUGACAACACCAGGUGCUCCCUUAUAUUCGCCAACCAGACUGAGAAAGAUAUUUUACUGAGGGAGGAGCUGGAGGAGGUGCAGGAGAAGCAUCCUGAGCGGGUUAAGGUCUGGUACACGUUGGACAAACCUCCACAGGACUGGAGCUACAGUUCUGGAUACGUGACCUUUGACAUGAUCAGGGACCACCUCCCUGCUCCGUCCUCAGACGUCCUCGUCGUCCUCUGCGGUCCCUCGCCGAUGAUCAAGAACGCCUGUCUGCCCAAUCUGGAAAAGCUGGGACACCAAAACCAAAAUAUCUUCGCAUAUUAGAUGUUUUUUUUUAUUCCAUCAGUUCUCGCUGAUGAGACGAGGAUUGUUUAGUGUGAAAUAAACUUUUAUAACCAAGUAUUGAA